UUGGGAGAACCCUCGUAAAUUGUAAUGUCCUUACCAAAAACCAGCAAACAAAUACCUGAGAGAAGAAACAGAUCGAGAUAUUUUUUUAACCUUGUUCAAAAUCAAAACAUCUAAAACUCGACCCACUUAUUUUUUUUAAUCGAUACAUCAUUGGUUCCUUUUCUCUCCACACCAUUAAGAAGAAGGAGAAGGAAGGAAGAAUUACUCCCUUGAAUCAGUAGUAAGUCUUUUCUGGAUCAGUCUUACCAGAUCCAAGAAAAUGGUGCUUACUUCAGCGUUAAGAGAUUAUGUAACAAGGAUGUUACAGGAUAUCUCUGGCAUGAAAGUUCUCAUCCUUGAUUCUCAAACGGUUAGUAUUGUAAGUGUUGUGUUUUCACAAUCAGAGUUACUUCAGAAAGAAGUUUUCCUGGUUGAAUUGGUGGAUUCAACAUCCAAAGAAUCUAUGUCACAUCUCAAAGCUGUUUAUUUCCUAAGACCGACAUCAGAAAAUAUUCAACACUUGCGACGACAAAUAGCUAAUCCAAGAUUUGGAGAAUAUCACUUGUUUUUCUCCAAUAUCAUGAAGGACACUCAGAUUCAUGUACUCGCUGACUCGGAUGAGCAAGAGGUUGUACAGCAAGUUCAGGAGUUCUAUGGAGAUUUCUGUGCCACAGAUCCUUACCAUUUCACUUUAAAUUUUCCUCUGAAUCACAUUUAUAUGCUCCCAGCAGUUGUGGACCCCUCAAGUUUGCAAAACUUUUGUGAUCGAGUCGUUGAUGGUAUUACUGCUGUCUUUUUAGCAUUAAAACGCCGACCUGUUAUACGGUAUCAACGAACCUCUGAUAUUUCUAAAAGGAUUGCCCAGGAAGCUUCGAAAGUCAUGUAUGAACGAGAAACUGGUCUCUUUGAUUUUAGACGGACAGAAAUCUCUCCUUUGUUACUGAUAGUUGAUAGGAGGGAUGACCCUGUUACACCAUUGUUGAAUCAAUGGACGUAUCAGGCAAUGGUCCAUGAAUUAAUUGGAAUUCAAGAUAAUAAAGUGGACUUGAGAAAUAUCGGCAAAGCUCCGAAAGAUCAGCAGGAGGUUGUACUAUCAUCAGAGCAAGAUGCCUUUUUUAAAUCAAAUAUGUAUGAGAAUUUUGGAGAUCUUGGGAUGAAUAUCAAGCGAAUGGUGGAUGACUUUCAGCAGAUAGCGAAGAGUAACCAGAACAUUCAAACAAUAGAAGACAUGGCCAAAUUUGUUGACAACUAUCCCGAGUAUAGAAAGAAGCAUGGAAAUGUCUCGAAGCAUGUAACAAUGGUAACUGAAUUGAGCAAAAUUGCUGAGGAGCGGAAGCUCAUGCUAGUGUCACAAACAGAGCAAGAUUUAGCUUGCACUGGGGGCCAGGUGGCAGCCUUUGAGGCUGUCAUGAAUCUUUUAAGCAAUGAUAGCGUCUCUGACGUUGACCGCUUGCGUUUAGUAAUGUUGUAUGCUUUGCGCUACGAGAAAGAGAGCCCAGUUCAAUUGAUGCAGCUGUGCAACAAAUUGGCGUCACGAUCUGCGAAGUAUAAAUCUGGUCUGGUCCAAUUCCUUAUAAAGCAAGCAGGUGUGGAUAGAAGAACUGGUGAUCUUUAUGGAAACCGAGAUCUCCUAAAUAUUGCUCGCAACAUGGCACGUGGAAUUAAGGGGGUGGAGAAUGUGUAUACCCAGCACCAGCCUCUUCUGUUCCAAACCAUGGAAAGCAUCACAAAGGGACGGCUUAGAGAUGUGGAUUACCCAUUUAUUGGGAAUCACUUCCAGCAAGGAAGACCUCAGGAUGUAGUGAUCUUCGUUGUGGGCGGCACAACAUAUGAGGAGGCACGUGCCGUGGCUUUACAGAAUGCUUCUAAUUCUGGAACCCGCUUUAUACUUGGUGGUUCGGUCGUUCUCAAUUCAAAGAGGUUUUUAAAGGACUUGGAAGAAGCUCAAAGAAUAGCCAAGUCAAACAUUAGUGCAGUUUGAUCCAGGAGCAUGUACCUUAUCUGUUUCAAGCCAAACGCUGGGCGAUUGGACCAGCUUCAUCUUGGUUUCAGAUUCUGUGUAGUAUACCUUUAAACGACUAGAUCACCAGGAUGCGAAAAGUAUAAAUAUCUUUUUUGAUUCGUUUCAACUCACAUUUGAGAAAAGUCAUAAAUUGUAGAAAACCUGCUAUCAGUAGUACCGGUAGGCAGUAAAAAUGUUGUUGUAAAUAGUGGGUUAUGAUGAUCAACUAUUAUGUACAAAUCUCCUUUUUUUUUAUUCCCAUAUUUUGGUUGUCUUCUCCAA